AUACAGCAGCAGAGCAUCAUCACGGAUCAACUUCAGUAUUGUCAGAUUAACCAGGACGACGUUGACAGGAUACCACCAGGGAAGAAACAAGUGAUGGAAAAGUUUUUUCGACCUGUUCAUAGCGCUUGUCCACCAGAUGAAAUGAAGCCCCUGAAGAACCACCAUCACCACCACCACCGAGACCCACGGUCACACAGUUACACAAGGUUUGAUGACAGUGACAGAAACGCUGAUGAAAGUCGAGGAAACCGUCACUACCAUCAACACGGUCACUAUCUCCACGACAGCCCUCAUCAGUUCCCCCACAGUGAGGAGGAUGAGAUACUUUACGACCACGACACGCCUGUAACUCUCUCCAGGGCAUCUUCUUCCUCUCUCUCCUCUUGCUCCUCUUCCUCCUCGUCCUCCUCCUGGUACACAGAAACAAGCGCAAACGAUCCUUUCUCUCUUCGGCACGCUGAGCGUCCACAGCACUCCCUGUCCUGCUCCAACAUCCCAGAUGUGCGCAGGGGUCUCCAGGAGGACGACAGCGCCGAGCCCAUCAUAUUUGCCACGAUUAAACACGGCAAGAAAGACAGCAUUUGCAGCGAGUCGCACGAAAGUGCAAAACCUCGGGGAAAACAAAUGCUCUCUGCCCUUGACCGAGGUCACAGUCGGAGUGAUGAGGGCUUCCUGCGGUGUAAUGAGAGUGGAAAAGAGCGUUCGAGGGCCCCGCACAUGAGCAAUGGGCCUUUGUACAAGACGUCUAGUUUGAAUCGAAGCCUGGCUUUCAGUGAGGAAGACGUGUUUUUAGGGGUCUCCAGGGGCCCCAAGAGGGCAGUGUCCUCCAGCCAGCUGCCCAGCAAAGGGAUCCUCAAGAACAAGGAAAAUCAAAUUGACAUCCGCAAGUCUCGGUCGAUGGAGGUGCUAUCCCCAAGAGUGGCCAAAGGACAAAAUCAGAGUGGGCAGAAUCAGGGGAUCACGCCGGCUGAGCUGGAGAGAGCAAGGGCAAACUUUGUGCAAGGAAAGUUGCAAUUCUCAGCCUUUUUAGAUGAAAUCACAAAACAAGUAAUAAGCCCAUCCGAUCUGACUAUCUUAGGUGUGAAUAACAACAAAGCCACUGGUAAGAAGCCUGCUCCUUCCCCCAAGGCUGACCCAGUCAAACCUCACCUGCCACCCAAGAAGCACAGAGAGGGGACGGCGGAUAUGACAGAGCACCCGCCAAAACUGCCAAACAGGCAGGCGAAAGCCGGCUCCCGUAAACUCUCAGACAGCUCAAAUCCCGACAAGCUGAUGUCAUAUGCAGCCAGGAACCACCACGGCAGCCCUCCACCCCGUCACCACGCUCGCUCUGCCGGCCACAGCAUCUCCCAUGGAGGAGGCCACAAAGACAGGAGGCCGUCCCCCGUCGGAGGCUCUCGGUCAGGAGACAGGCGUGGUCGGCACGGCCCUCAUCUCACGGACGGAACCAGCACCAGCCCGGAACCAGUUCAGCCCAAACAACGCCACCACCGCAAGCAGCAGGCCAGCGCCUUCCACGGUCAGCCGCACACCUCUCAGCAGAAGCCCUCAGGCUCCGAGCACAGGAGGCCCAGUAACUCCCCUCCGUCCUCGGCCCAGAGCGCAGGGCAAGGAGUCGGAUCCGAGUCCUCGUCCACCAAAUCGGACUCCUCCAGGGCCAGAGACACCGCCUCCACGGCCACCAGUCACAGCUCAGAGCAAAGUGGGCGACACUCAUCGCAGCAUGUGGGCGCCCCUCAACAACACAGAGACUUGCUGUAUGAUGUCGACCACUUUCAGGCUCUGCGCGAGGAGAAUGCAGAUCUUCACCAGAACUUGCUGCAGACGGUGGUUUGCAUCGAGAGCCUGGAAGCGGAGCUGCAGAGAACCAGGGAUGAGCUCAGUCAUGUCAAGGACAAAUAUAAAAGCCUUCUGCAGACACACACUGGGACCAAACAGGCCAACAACCUACUGGGGGAGCAUCUGCACAUCGCGUCGGAGAGCCUGAGCAGUGAGAGGAAAUACCUGAUGAACCGCGUUUCUCAGCUGAGCUCAGAGCUGGAGGACGCCAACAGGACCAUCUCAGCCCUGGAGAACAUCAACGUACCGUGUUUGAUAAAGGAGCUGCUGGAGAAGCACUUUGACUCAGUUGAGGCUGUACAAACAUUUGUCACAACCUCCCCACCGACAGACGGCCACUCCAUCCCAGUGAAAGUAACGGAAGCCCCACGCGACUGGCUGACGGACGCAGACGCAGCUCGUGAGAGGGUCACUGCAUUCACGCCAUUCAAACAGCCGGCGAAUGGAGAGAGCCUCUCGGAGCAGCACGAGCGGAGCCACAGCCCCCCUUUCACCGUGGCGGACAUCAGCACCGCCAUCUAUAAAAAGAUAGCAGCCAGCUAUGCGGCCAGGCCCCCGCCUGCGUACCCCCAAAGCCAGCAGCAGGCCCCCCCGAGCGCCCACCACGCCGACCCCGCCUCGCUGGCCCGGGUGGGAGGGGAUAGCUGGGGUGGGAACGAGGACCUGAAGGUCAUGAUUCUGGAGCAGGGAGUGGGGGACGUGAACUCUGCAUUGGCUCAGCAGAUCUUGGAUGAUUUCCUGCAGCAGCUGCAGGUCCAUAAGGAGGCAGGUGCAGGGAAGGAGCAGCAGGGGGGGCAGCAGUGGGAGGGCGGGCUGGAACAAACCGGGAAGCUGACAGACUGAAAACAGCUCAGUGGAUGACUGUACGCCCUGCUGCCACUCGAAAGUUUAAAAAUCUAUGUUUAGUCACAUGUAUCCUGAAUAUUUGUUUGAUGGAAACUCUUGUUCUGGUAAAAUAUUACUUAUUUAUUUAUUUAUUUAUUUAUUUAUUUAUUUAUUUAUUUAUUUAUUCAUUUAUUUAUUUAUUUAUUUAUUUAUUCAUAAUAAUUCACUUUUAGAUUAGGCGCAGGAAUUUAAAAUCAGAUUCAGUGAAGUGACAGGAUUUCCCUGCAGACAAAAUAAAUUUCUUUUUUGGUCACUAUAAAAUAAAGCAAUGUUAUUGUUGGAGUUGAUAUUACAUGGAAAUUAAAAAAUGUAAAUUUUGGACUUAAAAUAACUCCUUAGAAAUUUGUCAAUUUUUGUGUGUGCCUGUAUAUAUUUUUGUGGGCUAUUGAUCACCUUUACAUUUUUUUCCCAUAUUAUUUGCAGACAGGUUAAUUAUGUACAGUCUUAUCUGUGACUUAAUACUCUGUGUUUUAGUCUGGCCACUUUAACAACUUUCAGAGUUAAAAAGAAGAAGAAGAAGAAAAUGUCUGCUUGUCUGACGUUUUUAAUCAAUGUAUGAAGUGUGAAAAAAAUUGAACUGAACAUUGUAGCAUUGGAUAAAAAGUGACAUCCAUUAACACUAUUAAAAGUGCAAGAUGACAAGGUCUCAUGCUUUAUGUAAAUAUUAAUAAAAAUGGAACAUUGUAUUUCUGUAUAUGAUUAAAUUGUAAUACACUUAUUUCAAACUUGACAUUUCUUGCGAUCAUCUUGCCGUCAUCACGCCUUGCCUCUUUUCCUUCAGUUUAAACCUUUUGCUUUAAUCACGAUGAUUCAUCUUACUUCUGCAUGUUUUUCUUCUCAGAAACGACUUCUCACAAUACUUCAACAAUGUACUGGAGAAACACACCACCUGGCUUUUAACGGAUAGCACAGAAAUUACGCUGUUUUACAAACACAUUAACAUGUAGGAGAAGUAUAAUACAUUUAAGUCUUUACUAAGAGGUUUGUUUUUUGGACAGAUGUUUUCUGUAAUUAUUUUGUCAUUGUAUGUGUGUGUGUGCAUAUACACACACACACACACACACACACACACACGCAUGUGUGAUUAAAGUCUGGAGUUUUCAAUAAAGCUAAAUGAAGAAAAUGUAGAGGGUGAUCAUGUACAAGCACUAUGAUGACUGAUGAGUGAAAGUGCUGUUGCAGCAAUAUAAUUUUGUCAUUUCAAUAUUUAUGGCCUCGGUCUCUGCUUAUACUUUCCAAUAUGAGAACAUUUUGUGUAUAUUCAGCUGUUCCACCAAUAAAGAUAAUUAUGUUAAUGCACCAU